UAUUCUGAGAAUGUUCAUGAGUUCAUGAGCAUGGGCUUCCCUUCACUGGUAGUUGUGAUGAAUGUCCCAUGUACAUUUCUGUCAUUUAUGGGUCAUCUUUUCUUUAGGUUAAGACACGGUGCACCCACAGCACAGGAAAUUCAAGCUGAGCCUUCUCUGAAUCACAGUCUGCAGAUUUUAAGCAUGAUUAUGGUCAGUCAAACACAUUACCGUAUAUACCUGAUAAAUCAUGUUUGAAUCAAUGCCAAAUAAUUUAUUUUUUAAAAAAUAUCGAGCCUUCGAGAAAGAGACAUGCAAAGAAAGCGCUAAUGUGCAUUAGUCGAAAUAUAUUUUUUGCUUUGGAUAUCGGUUGAUUGUUCAGCAUUUAGCCAGACUAUGUGGCUCACUAACUGCUGUAUGAUCUCGUUUUGCUAUUUAACAUACUCAAUAGUGAAAUGUUUAAAUGAGCGACAGCUUUUUUAGACUGCAUUUCAAGACUCACUAUGUGUGACACAAAUACCUCCCACAGCUUUUACUCAGCUCUGCCAGCCUAAAGGUCUCACGCCGCAGCACGCAGGUUUCCCACUCGGAUGCUGGAUAUGACAGAGGGCGGCGACGCGGACAUGGUGGACAAGAACAAGUGCUGCACGCUCUGCAACAUGUCAUUCACCUCCGCGGUGGUGGCCGACUCACACUAUCAAGGCAAAAUCCACGCCAAAAGGUUAAAACUGCUGCUCGGAGAGAAGACCCCGUUAAAAACCACAGCGACGCCCCUGAGCUCCCUGAAGCCCCCACGGGUGGACACCGCUCCUGUGGUCGCCUCUCCCUACCAAAGAAGAGACUCGGACAGGUACUGCGGGCUCUGCGCGGCCUGGUUCAACAACCCCCUCAUGGCCCAGCAGCACUACGAAGGCAAGAAGCACAAAAAGAACGCGGCCAGGGUGGCCUUGCUGGAGCAGCUGGGGACCACGCUGGACAUGGGGGAACUGAGAGGUCUGAGGCGCAACUACAGAUGUACCAUCUGCAGUGUGUCCCUAAACUCGAUAGAGCAGUACCACGCCCACUUGAAAGGAUCGAAACACCAGACCAACCUGAAGAAUAAGUAGUGAAAACAUCAAUCAAGAGAUAAGAAAAAACAAAUAUAUCAGCAUUUCUCUGCCGUGGAGAAUUGCUUAUCAACCACAAGAAGAGGAUUCUUUCUUGAACAAUGAACACUUCUUACAACGAUUCGCAGAUCAAUAUGAGACUGAUCUUGAUUUUGGAAAGUGAAUGAGGCUUCUUUCCUUCUUUUUCUUUCUUUCUUUUUUUUUUUUUAAAAAUAUAUUUUGUGGUAAGUCAUGCUAUUAGGAUGGAUUUUUUUAUUUUUUAUUUUUUUCCCCCGAUGACAUAUUUAACACUUGUUCUCAGUUGUAACCCUAUAAGCAAACAGUUGGGGCAUUAUUCAGACUUCAAGACAGCGGAGACAUUUAGAUUUCCAGUUCAUUCUAGAUUUCCUCAGAGUAUAAUUAUUCUGUUUAAUCCUCCACGGUUGUGAUGCAAACCACCUCUACCCAGAAGUAAACAUUCUUUUCCGUCAUGUCGAACGUGAUGGAAGGCGACGCACACACACAGGGCCCGAACAGAUCACCGUCACUAGGAGACGCAUCGCGGAGAGCCGGCGCGGGACAGGGAGCAGGAGGAGGGUCAAGAGGGAAGAAUCCUCAUCCUUUUUUUUUUUUUCUGAUCCUCAAAGAACACUUUCUCAAGGUUAAGCCACAUCCUCUCUGCAAGCUGCCAAAAAAAUCAUAGCUUAGGAAAAGAAUUAGUUUGCCUGCAUGCUAAUCCUCUUAGGCAAAAAUGUCUUCACAGCAGUCCGACCUUGGUGCAGCGUUUUCCCCCAAAGCAUCCGAAAGAAGAGUGAUCACCCCCAGGAUGAGAUGGCAAUAAAUGAAUAUUUUUUGUUUUUUAUGAAGUAGGCCUUAAUCGUGGGCUUUCAUCGGGGCGCUGAUGAUUUGGAAAGAAGUAAGCACAUUCUGAAGACAUGGCAACCUUGGGUAAGGGGAGGUCCCUUAUUUCUUCUAAGUCGGGUGGCUGGACCAGGAUUCGGUCACUUUGGAAAGAGCACCCCCUUCCCCCCGCCGCCCCAGGACAGCGCGACAGACAAGAACAGUGUCAGUCUCUCCCGGGGAAUGUCUCUGAGCCCAAACCAUAAAGCUCUCUCUCUCGGUUUCAUUAUUUUCCAUGGUGACUGGACUGGAUGUCUAGCAGGCUGGCUACAAAGCGGGGACACUGAGCUUCAAUUCUGAUGCCAUCCGUGCUCCAGCUGGGACCUGGCUGGCAUUGCCCCUUUUGCCUGGUGGCCACAGGUUAUUAGUCUGCUGGUGCCAGGAUCCUCUGGGCAUGCAUUGUUUCCCAGCGAGCCGAGGUGGUUACAGCUCAGUGAGCAACAAAGGAAAUGACCCAGAAUGCGCAGUGUUGGUGCGAAGGUGCCCGUUUUCCUGGUUUUGGAAUCUGGCCCCCCGCCCCCUCGAGGAGAGCCAGCUGAGGGGGACACCCGAGCCGCCAGCGUCUGUCCCUGCAGAGAGAAGCAGCCAGGCCAGCCCCUGCCUGGUGCCUUGUGGGAAGAAAGGGGGUUGGACUGGGGAAAAUGUUGUAUUGCCGUGUUGGAAAGCACAGAAGCAGAGCUACAGCCUCCCUUGAUGGCUUUUCUUCAAAUGUAAAAUAAGGCUUCAUUUGUCAAUUCCGCUGUAAAUAAGCAUUGUUCAAGUAAAACAAAACAAAACAAAAAAAACGAAAACAAAACACAAGCAAAAAAAACUUUGUUUCUGUUUGUAUUGUAGUGAGUGAGCUCGUGCCCUGAAGUGGUGUGUGUGUGUGUGUUUGUUUUUAAUAACCUAAUAUAGAGAAGUCUAGAAACAUAGAUUUAUUUUGCUCUACAGAAAGGCUAUGCCAAACCCUUUAUAGAUAAGCUUCUGGCUAUAACUAAUCAGAUUAUUUCAGAAUUCUCCAUCUAAAUACCGCUGCUCCUUGGCAACCUGUCAAGUGAAAGUAAACACCCUGCCGGAGGUUUUGUGUGUUUGUAUGUUUUCAAAUUUCCUUAUUUUCGCCCAUGCAGAUAAGGGACAUCAUCGUUCCAGUGGACCAAGGCGAUAAUAUGUCCGCCUUGAUGCGGGAAAGGACCAUGAAGGUUGUUUCUAUUUUGGGAAUUCUUGAAUGGAAACGUCCCUACUUGGGAAGCUAGCUGUUUGUUGUUGUUCUUUGUUGUUUUGCUCAGUAGGGUCAUGUCAUCUCAAAGAGAUAAAAAAAAAAAAAAACUCUUGCAGUCCUGGUAAUGCAAUUCAUUUACUUUGCGAAAACUUUCUCUUCUUCAGCACAGAGGUAAGCUUCAGGCUAGCACCUGUGCCAGAGGCCACAAAUGCCGGAUGGUGAAACUCAAAUUAAUGAGCCUUUGUUAUACACAGUCUCCACAUCCCGGUGAACUAAUAAAUAUGGUCAUAGAGCAAUCUGCUAAGCAGAGAGGACUACAGCGAUCCCUUUUGCCGAUAGAAGUAGUAAUAAAACUCUCAUCUGUAAUUGCUGGACUACAAAGACCAGCAGAUUUGUUUUUCACUGGCCCUCUUAGAUGACAUAUAAACAUAAAUUGGAACUGCAAGAGUCUUGACACCUCGCUACAGAAGUGAGAUUAUUAGGUCAGCCAGACCCAAAGAUGAUAACUAUGAGACAUGUAUGAGAUAAGUGAAAAAAAUGCUAAAACUCCCAUUAGGGAAAUUUGAGACUUGGGGGGGGGGGGUCACACCCCUUCCAAAGCUGAUCUGAGUGAAGUGUUCCUGACAGGUCAGUGGGAACACAGUAUAUUAAGACCUUAAUAAGAAAAAUAACCUUUCUAAACUGCCAGGUAAUAAAAUAACUACAUUCUGCAUUCCAUCCAAGCUAAAUAAAUAUUCAUUGGUCAUUUCGCCAACUUGUACAAGGAAUUGAUUUUUUUUUUCUUUUUGUGACCAGAAUGAGAAGAGUCUGAUCAACAUAUUACUGUGGAGACAGAUUUUUUUUCCCCCUUUCUGGUUUUUACCUAACUUAUUGAUACUAAAGGCAUGCUAAACUACCUCAUAAGUUUGUGGUGUGGAUUAGCUAAUUAAUAAAUAAAGUGCUUAAAAAUA